AUGGCUUCACCACAUCUAACCCAGCUGCGCAAGUGGAUGCUGGAAUCGCCGCCUGUCGAAUGGGGCAUCAACCAGCUGAGGGAAAUGCUGAUUGGGGCACUGAGGCAGGGUUCUAUCCCGCAACAUGUUGCGUUUGUAAUGGAUGGGAACAGGCGGUUUGCGAGGAGCCAUAAGAUUGAGACGGUCGAGGGACAUAAUCUGGGAUUUGAAGCUUUGGCUAGGAUAUUAGAAGUCUGCUAUAAAUCCGGCGUCAAGGUUGUUACGGUCUAUGCAUUUAGCAUCGAGAACUUCAAGAGGAGUAAAUACGAGGUUGAUGCCCUGAUGGAAAUGGCAAAGAUCAAGCUCUCGCAGUUGUCCCAGCAUGGGGAAUUGCUGGAUCGCUAUGGAGCUAGCGUCAGGGUCUUGGGCAACAGAGAGUUGCUCCGGCCGGACGUGGUCGAGGUUAUUGACAAAGCGGUGGAUAUGACCAAGAAUAACGGGGCGUGUGCGUUGAAUAUCUGUUUCCCAUACACUUCCCGAGACGAAAUUACCUCGGCUAUCAAGUCCACAGUAGAGGAUUACACCAAACCUUUACCAGCACACGCCAGACCAUUCUCACAGACGAGAAUCACGCAAAAGAUCCGCUCCCGAAACCUUAGCACGUCUCCCCUCCGCCCCAGCUCUCCCACGCCAUCAAGCACAUCCGACAUCGACGAUUCGAUAUCCUCCACCACCACUCUGAAUCCGGAAAGUCCUCCCAACGAUAGCCAUGAGUAUAUCUACCCGGAUCCUGAAUCGAUAACUUCAGACACUUUAGAAGAUCACAUGUUCACGGCUGGUGAUCCACCCUUGGAUAUGUUGAUCCGAACAAGUGGGGUGAAUAGACUGAGCGAUUUCAUGCUAUGGCAGUGUCACGAGAAUACCGAGAUAGUGUUCCUGGAUGUGCUGUGGCCCGAGUUCGAUCUUUGGUCCUUCUUACCGGUGCUGGUGGAGUACCAAUGGCGGCAGAAACAUGUUGAGGAAAAGCCUAUGGCGAACCUGCCUCUGAAGACAAAGGUGCGGUAG